CACAAAUGUGUUGUCCAGGGCCAUCAUCAUCGACGCGGCUCAUAGUGAUGACGUCGAUGAGCAACGACGCGACGCGCAGGUCGCCAUGAACUGUAUCGCACCUUGUCCUUGACUAUAACCAUGCAGAACCCACCGCUUAUCGACCCUCCCAAGGCCCUCUCUACAGACUCAGCUCAGGACUGGGCAGCAAGCACCCAGAACGCCCUCGCGCAGUCAAAGGAGGCAGUCAACACCGAUAUGGAGCAAGAACGCAACUUCGCUGCGCCUUCGACUGCCGCGUCUACGCCAGGUAUACCCGGCGCCUACCCUCGAAGUUACUCCACCGAGAACGCGAGCGGAAUGGGGGCGGGCUUGACGGCAGGCGCCACUGGCCUUCUGCAGACUGCAAAGGAUUACCUGCCGCAGAUUCCCCAGUCCGUGGCUUCCUACUUCCAGGGCGCCCCGAACGGCCAGGCUGAGCACACAACCGCUGCGGACAUGCCGUCACAGGAGACCGCAGAUGAAUCGCUUGGGAAGACCGCCGGCGCUGGUGCUCUUCCAGGGGCGCCAACAGAGGCCGCGGUGGCACAGUUGCCGGAUGAAAGGUGGACGGAAGGCGUUGGAGCAAUAGUUGCUCCUGAUAUGAAGCCGGCCGCCACGUCUGAUGAGAAUGGCUCAGCCAAAGCCGUUCUCGCCGGGAAGGAGGAGGCAGACGCGAAGGCGUCGGCUCCAGAACCGCAGGGAUCUUCUACAGGCAUCAGUGCCCCAGCACCCGCUGGCGUGGGUGACCUUCCUGGAUCAAGCUCUGAGGCGGCAGUCACGGUAUUACCGGACGAGAAAAAAUCUCAGCAUGCCGAGCCCGAAGAGCAUUCGAGCCAUCGGUCAACAGACAAUGUCGAAGAGAAGGGUACGGAGAAGAACUCGCAGAGCCGGACGUCGUUAUCGCCGUCUGCUCAUGAUGCGGCUAACAAGCACGCGGACCAACCGACUGCCAACACAGCGGCCCGGACGCACCCGCUCGCUGGCGAAGGUGCCGAGUGGCAUGGCGUGCCCCUGGACGAGAAGAGCCAGCAGAGGCUGGAUCGCGACCCCGAAUCCCUGGACCGUGGCGAGCUUGUCACUCACCCGGAGAAAAACAAUGCCGUCUUUUCAGCUCACCACAACGAAGAGUCGAGCAGCACAGCAGGACGGGGGUCCGGACAUAAGAAGACGGGGUCCUCGGUGUCGAUGAGCAGCAGCGGCUCACCGCGCAAGAGCCGGUUCUUCGACAAGAUCAAGGGAGAAGCGAAGAUCAUCUCCGGCAAGCUGGGUCACAAUGAGGAGAAGGUGGCAGCGGGAAAGCGUCUUGCGGGAAAGAUCUAAUGGCUUUAAUCACCUCUCUAAUAUGUCGACAACGCCUCGGACUUUUGUGCGGACCGGAUAUGGACCGUUGCAUAUACUGUGUGGCUUUACGAACUGACUGUACUAGGAUUGUACUCUAUGUUGGCUCUAAUGACUGUGUAACUUCAUCUGUACAGAUAACAGUCUCGCUCGUGCGCACAAAUAUAUAUUCAAAAUAGUCCCUUAUGGAAACAA